AUGUCGGCUUUCCUGGACGAGCCUACGCGGGGCAGCCGCCAUCGUUCGAGAACGCCGCACGACGACCAUGACGACUACCCGCCACCACCGUACCGGGCACGAGACAAACGAGGCGGUGACCGGAGCAAUCCGAGCGGGUCACAUGAUAGUGACGACGAUGACUAUGGUCGACGAAGGGAUACCAAACCGAGUAUGAACGAGAAGAAGUCGAGGCGGAGGCGGGACGACGACGACUCACCGCCUAUUCCGAAGCCGCCGAUCGGGAGGGACAGGGAGAAGGAUGAUUCGAGGAGCAGAGACCGAGAGCGAUCACGACGGCAUGCGGACACGAAUGGGUAUGAUGACCCGCCGCCGUCCAGGAGGCGGAAAGACUAUGAUGACGACGAGAAGCCGUCAAGAAGGCGGAGGGAUUACGACGAUGAUGACAAGCCGCCGAGGAGGAAAGAUGAUCUGAGGGACUAUGCGAGGGAGAAUGAUGAGAAGCGGAAGCCGACUAAGAGUAGUCGAUACUACGACGACGAUGACGAUGAUCCGCCGCCAAGGUCAUCGCGGAGGAACCGGGACAGCGGAUACCGGGAUGAAGAUAGAGGGUACAAGUCUGAGGACUAUAGAAGGAAGCAGAGGGAUGAUUACGACAAGUACGACCGACGAGACCGCGAUAGAGAUCGAGCGAGGGACAGCCCAAGAGAAAAGGACCGCGAUCGGGACCGAGACCGGCGGAGGACGGCGGAGAAGGAGAGGGCCAGGAGCGCGGACUACGACCGCGACCGGCGUAGGGGGUCUGGACGAGACAGGGACAGGUACGCCGACCGCGACCGCGAUCGAUACGGCGGAUAUGGCGACAAAGACCGCGAAAAGGCUGCCAAGAAGAAGGGCGUCGACAUGAACCAGAUGAUGGAGACGGGGAAGAAGUCCUGGGAUAAGGCUGCGCCCAUGGCGAAGCCUUUGAUCGGGGCGUUGGCGAAAGCGUACCUGGAGAAGGGGCGGUAA